CAUGGCGUCGUCCUCUGACGUCCACGUCCGAAUAUGUGGGCAAGAAAUUAUCAAAUAUGAUUUGGAAAUUAAAGCUGUGAUUCAGUUUCCCAUCAACUAUUUUCCAUACAAGGACAUACGAGAAUGUUCUGGACCCCAGACUGUGCUAAUGGAGCUGAACGCUGCAGUGAAGGAAAAGUUCAGUCGGUUAAGACAGAGAAUUCAGGAUAUGGAGCAAAUGGCUAAAGAACAAGACAAAGAGUCUGAUAAAAAUGACAUUCUAACUGAAACAGAGGCCCAUCGCAAACAGAUGUUGAGUAACCAGACGGCAUGGAGGAAAGCCAACUUGGCCUGUAAGCUGGCCAUUGAUAACAGGGAAAAAGAUGAACUUCUCCAUGGCGGUGACUCAUCAGUAAGGCAAAGGAAAGUCACCAAGGAGAACCUAGUACAGACAUCCAGUGAAAUCACCGAGAGUUUGAUGAGCAUAAGCCGCAUGAUGGCCCAACAGGUAAAGCAGAGUGAGGAGACCAUUGGCACUCUGGCUACCUCGUCAAGGACAGUACUGGAAACAAAUGAAGAGUUUAAGGCGAUGACGUCGACUGUCCACUUGGGGAGAAAACUCAUCCUGAAAUACAACCGUCGUGAACUGACAGACAAACUGCUGAUCUUCCUAGCGCUGGCUCUGUUUUUCGCCACAGUCCUCUACAUCCUGAAAAAGAGGCUCUUUCCUUUCAUUUAGAGGUAAAUGGAGCUGUCUAUUUCCUGCCACAUUCAAAUUCUUCCUAAAUUGGCUGUAUAGCUCUGCAGACAGAGUUGGCAUGGACUUUCACAUGACCUGGGAUUUUUUUUUUUCCCACUCCAAAACUGAAUCCGGAACCAGGGAGGAAGGAGUAUUUGUAUGUAUCUGGGACAUGUGCUAGUGACACCGUUAGUAUGGGCUUUCAGCUGCAACUGCAGAAGCAGCCAAUAGCAGUGUGAGGUCGACCUCAUGCCUGACAUCUUAAGCAUUUCCUGUGCUGCAUUGAUGGUGUCAGCUGUAAGUUGUGCUGUCAUUUGUAUUUAAUAGGCAAUAUGACACUCAUGAAUUAUAUUUAGUACUUCUGCUGGAUGGUGUCAUGAGUUUUCUAAUUCUAAAUAUAAAUGUUAUAAAUAACAUUAAACAUUAACGGUAUUAAAUGUUAAACGUUAUAAACAUUAUAAAUAUGAAAAUUGAUGAGUAUGGGGUAAGGCUGCAUAAUAUGGUGACAAUAUGAAAAUACUUGAGUGCAAUUAUAUUGCUACAUAAUGCAACUGAACAUAUUAUAAACACAUCUGUGAAUCAAUAAUGGUACAUGAAUGAAGAUUUUCCUGCAUUAUUUCCAUCAGAAUAUUGACUUUUGUUGGAUUACAUGACUAUCUUGAUUGAUCACCCACAGAAACACUCUGGAACAACUGUGACUUGGUCAAGAUACUCGUAAUGCAUAACAUUGUGAUUCAUUGUAGGUCUCAUUUGUGUAUUGUAGCCUUCCACAUUUGCAUACUGCAGCCUGCACAAGGGUUAUAUUUGCAUAAAGAUUUACAAAUGAUCAUAGUAUUGUGCAGCCCUAGUAUGAGUUGUAGACUAUUUAGAAGGGUUGAUUCGUAUUAGGGCAUUAUUGAAGCAUUGACAAUUUGCUGUGUAACCCAGUACAAACUGUUUUUUCACUUUUUGUGAUCAUGAUUGGUACCUCAGAAGAACAGUAGUGAGUGUACUUAUCCCAGGAUAUCCAUAUGUGGUUUAAUGUGAAGAUAUUUCUAGAUCAGGGUGUCAAACUUGGCUUGUUUGUAGCCACAGCUCUGUAGAAUUUAGUGGUCCUCAUUAAACAGACCUAAUUAGCAAGACCUUCAUGAGUUGAAUGUCUGAAGAGGGAAAACGCUGAGCUCUACAGAACUGUUGCCAGGAAGGAACCCAGUCUGACCCCCCUGCUCUGGAUACAAUUCUUGAUAAAGCCCAAAGCUUCUUGUUUGUGUGCCUUUGAACUCCAGUACUUAAGUGCUCUCUCUUGCGCCACACAAGCAACUCUGUGUGAACUGUGUAUGUUUGUCUCUUCUUCCAAACAGAAGACAAGAUCUUACAGCCUUGUGAAACCAAGGUACAAGAGUUUGCUUGAAAUUUACUUGACACAUCAGUUGUUGACCUUUAGACUGUUUACAGUGUUCAUUUUGUUCAUUGAGUAAUGUACCUAACUUUGAAAGGGAAUGGGUUGCACUAUACCCAGUAGUUCUCUUAAUACUAGGUGUGAAAUCAGCUCCAGUGCCAAUGUUAGCUGUGCUGCUAGCCUUUCUAUGUUCUACAGGGUGAUACCACUGGGUGGUGCAGUAGCACUUCUUUUCCUUUUAACCCUUUUGUUUCUUUGACCCAGCAGACAGCAUCUUAAUACAACUGGUCAGCAAAGGCCGCGUUUGCUCAGGAAUUACUGCCUGCUCAAGAUGUGAUUGUGACUGUCUUGUUUGAGUUCAGAACCUUUCCAAACUGUGUUAACACUUUAAAUAUAUCUAUUAGCAUGUUUAUUUGUUCCUGUGUUCCUUAAGGGAAAGACUGUUUUCUUGUGUUUGGUUAUAGUAUUCAUUGGCUUCACUGUGAUACAGAGCUGCAAUGCGCUCGUAUUGGCCUAGUACUGGCUAACAGUAGGGAUGUCAGCCAGUACACUCCUUUUGAACUGCCUUAUUUUACAUUGUGAUGUAAUUUUGAAUUCCUGUUGACUAUCAAAUAAAGAAAGAACUUUU